GGGAGACCGCGCCGCCAUAUUCACUCCGGCCCGCGGCCUGCGGCGCAGCCAGCAUGAGUACCGCCACCUUCCACAUCUCCAGCCUGCUGGAGAAGAUGACGUCCAGCGACAAGGACUUCAGGUUCAUGGCCACCAGUGACCUGAUGUCAGAGCUGCAGAAGGACUCAAUCCAACUGGAUGAAGAAAGUGAGCGCAAGGUGGUGCGGACACUGCUGAGGCUGCUGGAGGACAGGAGCGGUGAGGUGCAGAACCUGGCUGUCAAGUGUUUGGGUCCCCUGGUGUGCAAAGUGAAGGAGUACCAGGUGGAGAUCAUUGUGGAUACCCUCUGUGCCAACAUGCGAUCAGACAAGGAACAGCUCCGGGACAUCGCCGGCAUUGGCCUUAAGACAGUUCUCUCAGAGCUGCCUCCCGCAGCCACAGGCUCAGGGCUGGCCAUUAAUGUGUGCCGCAAGAUCACAGGUCAGCUCACCAGUGCCAUCGCCCAGCAGGAGGAUGUGGCUGUACAGCUGGAAGCCCUGGACAUCCUCUCUGACAUGCUGAGCAGGUUGGGCGCGCCGUUAGGCACCUUCCAUGCUAGUCUGCUGCACUGCCUGCUGCCCCAGUUAAGCAGUCCUCGCCUGGCGGUGCGCAAGCGUGCUGUAGGGGCACUUGGUCACCUGGCGGCUGCCUGCAACACUGACCUCUUCGUGGAGCUGGCUGACCACCUGCUAGACCGGCUGCCUGGCCCCCGUGCACCUGCCAGCCCCGCAGCCAUCCGCACACUAAUCCAGUGUUUGGGCAGUGUGGGCCGCCAGGCUGGCCACCGCCUUGGGGCCCACCUGGACCGCCUGGUGCCCUUAGUGGAAGAAUUCUGCAACCUGGAUGACGAUGAACUCCGGGAGUCCUGCCUCCAGGCCUUCGAGGCCUUCCUGUGGAAGUGCCCCAAGGAGAUGGGCCCUCAUGUGCCCAAUGUGACCAGCCUCUGCCUCCAGUACAUGAAGCAUGACCCCAACUAUAAUCACGACAGUGAUGAGGACGAGGAGCAGAUGGAGACCGAGGACAGCGAAUUCAGUGAGCAAGAGAGUGAAGAUGAGUACAGUGAUGAUGACGACAUGAGCUGGAAGGUUCGCCGUGCAGCGGCCAAAUGCAUGACAGCCUUGAUCAGCUCACGGCCCGACCUGCUGCCCGACUUCCACUAUACCUUGGCGCCCACGCUUAUCCGCCGCUUCAAGGAGCGGGAAGAGAAUGUCAAGGCAGACAUCUUCACAGCUUAUAUCAUGUUGCUGCGACAGACAAGGCCCCCUAAGGGAUGGCUGGAGGCUGUGGAGGAGCCCACCCAGACAGGCAGCAACCUCAACAUGCUGAGGGCACAGGUGCCCCUGGUUAUGAAGGCUCUGCAGCGACAACUUAAGGAUCGGAAUGUGCGGGUCCGACAAGGCUGCUUCAGCCUCCUCACCGAGCUGGCAGGUGUCCUCCCUGGCAGCUUGGCAGAGUACAUGCCCAUGCUGGUGUCAGGCAUUGUCUUCUCGCUGGCUGACCACUCCAGCUCCUCUACCAUUCGGAUGGAUGCCCUGGCCUUCCUGCAGGGACUGUUAGGUACAGAACCGGCUGAGGCCUUCCACCCACACCUGCCCACCCUUCUGCCACCUGUGAUGGCCUGCGUGGCAGAUCCUUUUUACAAGGUGGCAGCUGAUGCCUUGCUGGUGCUGCAGGAGCUGGUGAGGGCUCUGUGGCCGCUGAACAGGCCUCGGAUGCUGGAUCCUGAGCCCUAUGUUGGAGAAUUGUCCACAGCCACCCUGGCACGACUCCGUGCUACUGACUUGGACCAGGAGGUGAAGGAGCGGGCCAUCUCCUGUGUGGGCCACCUUGUAGGCCACCUGGGCGACCGGCUUGGGGAUGACCUGGAGCCCACACUACUGCUUCUCCUGGACCGCCUGCGAAAUGAGAUCACCCGGCUGCCUGCUGUCAAGGCGCUGACUCUGGUGGCUGUGUCCCCAUUGCAACUUGACCUGAAGCCCAUCCUGGCUGAGGCGUUGCCCAUCCUGGCAUCAUUCCUGCGCAAGAAUCAGCGGGCACUGCGGCUGGCCACACUUGCUGCCUUAGAUGCCCUGGCUCAGAGUCAGGGACUCAGCCUGCCUCCACCAGCCGUACGGGCUGUGCUGGCUGAGCUGCCGGCUCUGGUCAGUGAGAGUGAUAUGCAUGUGGCCCAACUGGCUGUAGACUUCCUUGCCACAGUGACCCAGGCCCAGCCGGCCUCUCUGAUAGAGGUCAGUGGACCAGUGCUGGCAGAGCUACUGAGAUUGCUGCGCUCACCCCUGUUGCCUACUGGAGUGCUGACUGCCACAGAAGGCUUCCUGCAAGCACUGGUGGGGACCCGCCCCCCAUGUGUGGAGUAUUCUGAGCUCAUCAACCUGCUCAUUGCACCUGUUUAUGACCAGGCUAGGGAUGCGGGACCAGGCCUGCACAAGCAGGUGUUCCACUCACUGGCUCGGUGUGUGGCAGCCCUCUCAGCUGCCUGUCCCCAGGAGGCAGCAGGCACUGCCAGCCGCCUGGUCUGUGAUGCCAGGUCGCCCCACUCAAGCACGGGGGUCAAAGUCUUGGCCUUUCUGUCACUGGCUGAGGUGGGCCAGGUGGCUGGGCCAGGCCCCCAGAGAGAGCUGAAGGCAGUGCUCCUGGAAGCCUUGGGGUCUCCCAAUGAGGAUGUGAGGGCUGCAGCUGCCUAUGCCCUGGGCCGUGUGGGUGCUGGCAACCUGCCCGACUUCCUGCCUUUCCUGCUGGCACAGAUUGAGGCAGAGCCCCGGCGGCAGUACUUGCUGCUGCAUGCACUCAGGGAGGCCCUGGGGGCCUCCCAGCCUGACAGUCUGAAGCCCUAUGCAGAGGACAUCUGGGCACUGCUCUUCCAGCGCUGUGAGAGCCCGGAAGAGGGCACACGAGGUGUGGUGGCUGAGUGCAUUGGGAAGCUGGUGCUUGUGAACCCUCCUUUCCUCCUGCCUCGAUUCCGGAAGCAGCUUGCUGCAGGUCAGCCAUACACCCGCAGCACAGUCAUCACUGCCGUCAAGUUCCUCAUUUCGGACCAGCCACACCCUAUUGACCCCCUCCUGAAGAGUUAUAUCGCAGAGUUCAUGGAGAGCCUGCAGGACCCAGACCUGAAUGUACGCCGGGCCACACUCACCUUCUUCAACUCAGCCGUGCACAACAAGCCCUCACUGGUCCGGGACCUGCUGGAUGAGAUCCUGCCCCUCCUCUACCUGGAGACCAAGAUCCGCCGGGAUCUCAUCCGAGAGGUGGAGAUGGGGCCCUUCAAGCAUACUGUGGAUGAUGGGCUGGAUGUGCGGAAGGUGGCCUUUGAGUGUAUGUACUCACUGCUUGAGAGCUGCCUGGGCCAGCUGGAUAUCUGCGAGUUUCUAAACCACAUAGAGGAUGGGCUGAAGGAUCACUAUGACAUCAGGAUGCUGACCUUCAUCAUGCUGGCCCGGCUGGCCACCCUGUGUCCUGCACCUGUGCUGCAAAGGGUGGACCGACUCAUGGAACCGCUCAGAGCCACCUGCACAGCCAAGGUCAAGGCUGGUUCAGUGAAGCAGGAGUUUGAGAAGCAGGAUGAACUGAAACGUUCAGCCAUGCGGGCAGUGGCCGCCCUGCUCACCAUCCCUGAGGUGGGAAAAAGCCCCAGCAUGGCUGAUUUCUCUGCCCAGAUCCGAUCCAACCCUGAACUCACUGCCCUCUUUGAGAGCAUCCAGAAGGAUUCGGCUUCCAGCCCCAGUGUGGAUUCCAUGGAACUCAGCUAGUCCUCCCUAGCUCAAUCACAGGCCUCCCCUCCCAUGUUGGCGAGCCUUGGCCUCUCCUGUCCUUCCCAGUCAGCCUCAGUGCCUUUGCUAGGGCCCCCAGCCCAUUAAUUCAGCAGUCUCAGAGAAUUAGGGUCAUUUUCACAAUGCCACCUUUCACUCUCCCUCCCUUGGGAGUCCUGCUCAGCACACUGUAGUGGGCUCACAGGUGAAACAGGACGUAGGCAGGGGUUGACUUCAUACUUCACUUGCUCUGGAUUCCAAAUGUUUGGCCAGGGGUGGGGCUGUUUAGAGCCCAUACAAGCUCUGGGCCCAAGAAACCUGAAUCAUACUUAGCAUGAAAUUCAGAAUGCUUUAGAAACUCUUGAGUUGUUUAUCCU